AUGCCUGUGGUCCUGGUGGAAUCUACAGUACUUGCUCUUGUCUCUUCUUUUACUAGAGUGCUAAUUGGCUUCGGCCAUUGCAGGGAAGGAUCAUCUCUUAUUUGCAUAAGGACCUACUUAAUUGGCAUUAUUAGAGGAGUGAAGUUGGUAAACCUGGGUUUCUUAUCUGGAAGCUCCUCCUUUUUCCCUGUAGUCUGUCUGCCACUUUGUGUCUCCUUCUUAUCCCAAUUGUUGUUUGUUCCUUCGUCUCUCUUCCUUUUCGCCUUCAUCUCCUUUACGAGCACUGCAUCCUCUGCAUUCAUGUACUUCUGGGCUUUACGGAGCAACUUCGCUAUUGUUUUUGGUGGACUUUUAGUAAUUGAGAAGAAGAAAUCUCCUGGUAGCAAUCUUGCUUGGAAGGGAUCUUUGGAACCAUCAUAUGACUCCAACUGUGGGAGACAGAAUUUUGGUGGGAGGGGACGGUUCAGUACUUCAGUAGUAAAGGCUAGUGCGUUACAGAAUCUUUGUGUAGAGGCCACAGCUCAUUCUGUGACUGUUGGUCCAUACAAGCUUGACAUGCAAGUUGGUGAUAUAAUACAACAUGCAAAUUUUGUAGUAUUUGACAAAGAAGCAGACAAGUUAUUUAAAGUUCUUGAUACGAAACUCUCCAAUGUGGAAGAAAAGGAUGUAGAUGGUGACAAUGUUAUUCCAAAUAGUAUCAAUGCAUUAUUGGAAAACCUACAUCUUCCAAGUGAAAUUUACUGCAUACAGUUUCUUUGUUUGCAACCAAAGCUUUACGGGAAAGAACCAAACUCCCCACAUAAAAUUGCUGUGAAAUGUUGCGAGGAUUUAAAGAAUUAUUCACAACAUAUUGACAAGCUAAUUGAGAAACAAACGUCAAAAGAAUUAGAGAAUAAUCGGUCGCGGCUCAAAACCUCAAUAGAGUGUGCUCGAUGGCUAGCAUUCCAAGCUUGUGCUUUUAGAGGUCAUGAUGAAAGCCUUGAUUCAAAAAAUAGAGGUAAUUUUAUUGAAUUGAUAAAAUUCACAUCAACUUUCAAUGACAAAGUAGCUAGUGUUAUCUUGGAAAAUGCUCCAGGAAAUGCCAAAUAUACAUCACCCACAAUUCAAAAGGAGAUUUUGCAUAUUCUUGCUAGUAAUGUGCGAAAUGCUAAUCGUGAAGAAAUUGGGGAUGCAAAAUUUUGCAUUCUUGUUGAUGAAGCCCGGGAUGAGUCGAAGAGAGAGCAAAUGGCCAUCAUUUUGAGGUUUGUUGAUAAAGAAGGUUUCAUUAAAGAGUGUUUCUUUCAUGUUGUGCAUGUUAGAGACACUACUGCAUUAACUUUAAAGAAUGAGAUAUGUGCUGUCCUUUCUCGUUACAACCUCCACAUUGAAAAUAUUCGAGGUCAAGGAUAUGAUGGGGCUAGUAACAUGCGUGGUGAAUGGAAUGGAUUACAAGCUCUUUUUCUUAAAGAUUGCCCAUAUGCUUAUUAUGUACAUUGUAUGGCUCAUAGGUUGCAAUUAGCUCUAGUUACAGCAUCUAGAGAAGUAAAAGAUGUUUAUCAAUUCUUUGAUCAUUUGGUUAAUAUUAUCAAUAUUGUUGUUGGUUCUAGUAAGCGUAAUGAUGAAUUGCAACAUGCUCAAGCAGAACAAGUUGAGAAUAUGAUUGCUUCUAAUGAAAUUAAGACUGGAAGAGGUGCAAACCAGAUUGGUACUUUGCAACGAGCUGGAGAUACUAGGUGGGGAUCUCAUUUUCAAUCUAUUUGUAGUUUGAUUAAAAUGUUUGAUGCUACUUGCAAAGUUAUCAACACUAUUUCUGAGGAAGGGGCUAACUAUAAACAACGCAGUGAUGCCGAGGGAGCUUAUCAAUUGAGAGAUGAUGGAUGGGAGCCUUUACUUGCUAGUGUUAUAUCAUUUUGUGAGCAACAUGAAAUUGAUAUUCCUGAUAUGAAUGCUCGUUACACUAAAGGUCGAGGUAGAUAUCGUCGUCAAGAUAACAAUUUAACAAUGGAACAUCAUUUUAGAAUUGGCAUAUUUAUAGUUGCAAUAGACUUUCAAUUGCAAGAAUUGAAAAGUAGAUUUUGUGAGCUAACAACGGAACUUGUCAUUCUUAGUUCAACUUUAAAUCGCAAUGAUGCUUUUAGAUUAUUCAAAAUUGUUGAUAUAUGCAAUUUGGUUAAGAAAUAUUAUCCUCAAGAUUUCACUGAACAUGAACAAGAACUUUUGGAGUCUCAAUUGCAACAUUAUGAGCUUGAUGUGAUAAAACAUCCAGAUUUUCAGAAUAUGAGUACAAUUUCCGAGCUAUGUAAGGGAUUAAAAAUUUCAGGAAAGUCUAAAAUCUAUUUUUUGAUUGAUAGACUUAUUCAUCUUGUGUUGACCCUUCCAGUUUCUACAGCAACUACGGAACGAGCUUUCUCAACUACAAAGUUGUUAAAAACAAGACUUCGCAAUAGAAUGAAGGAUGAGCUUUUGGCAGAUAAUAUGAUAGUUUAUAUAGAAAAGGAAAUUGCAGGGAAUUUCACUAUAGAGAUGAUAAUGGAUGAAUUUUAUUCCAUGAAAAAUCGUCGUCAGGCAUGA